AUGUAUUUCAACAAAGCCUCGCUGCUGGCAACGGCUGUCUUGAUCUCCGAGGUCGCUGCCAUCCCAACUCUGCAGUCACGGGCCACUGCUGACUCCGCUGCGUUUGCUGCCCUCCAGCGUGCUGCUGAUCUCUCUUCCGCCGCGUACACUGGAUGUAUUGGCACAGCUUUUGACGUCACUAUCACCAAGACUAUCACUGAUCUCUUGACCGACACUCACGGCUAUGUUGGAUACUCUACUUCGGAGAAAAAGAUCACCGUUGUUAUGAAGGGCUCUACCAGCUACACCAACAUCUUGAAUGACAUUGAUACCACCCUUGUUACCCCAUCACUGUCCGGUGUCACUUUCCCCUCUGGUGUGCAGAUCAUGCAGGGCAUUAACAGUCCCUGGUCUGCGGUGCACGACUCUGUGAUCUCCGAGGUCAAGUCGCUGAUCGCGAAAUAUCCCCUUUAUUCUUUGGAGUCAACUGGACACUCCCUCGGCGGUUCGCUCACCUACAUCUCCUAUGUCGCUCUCGCCCAGAAUUUCCCCGACAAGGAGAUUACCAGCAAUGCUCUGGCUGCCUUUCCCAUUGGUAACGCGGCUUGGGCCAGCUUUGCCGGUGGGCUGAAUGGAACUUUGAACAGGGGUAAUAACGCUGCUGACGGUGUCCCUAAUAUGUACGUGAUAUUCCCGUACAACUUUGUCCAUUAUGGAACCGAAUACUACAGCUCAGGUACUGCCGCUACCUUUGUGAAGUGCUCUGAGGAGCGUGACACCUCUUGCUCUGCUGGAAAUGGCAUGUACGGCGUGACUGCCGGACACUUCUAUAGCUUCGGCGUCGGGUUGGGCACGGCCGGAUGUUCAUCUUCCCUGUUCUAA